AUGAGAGAGCGAAGCCGCCAGGUACAAGGUUUCCUGCGACUUUGUUUCACCUCCGUGGGGCUUCCAGCACCCAGUUGCCAUCCAGCCGUGUGGUACCAGCAACUUGGCGCAAGGGGAGAGCGGAGCAGCUCGAGCUCCGCUGUGGGUGACGCUUUGCAGAGCUCCGUGGGUUACAGAAGUUUUUUCCUAUGUGUGCACUGUGUGCAUGCAUGUUUUAAACAAAUCCCAUUCACAUCCACGGAGACUCUCUUCUUUGUUGGUUUCAAUGUGAAUUUACAUGGCCAGCAUGGACCCUGGGCUUGCCCAGACCUGGGCAGGUCCCCUGAGCCCUUCUUAACGCCCCAACAAGAUCGGGGAUCACCGCAGGGUUCCCUGGUGCCCCUAUCGACGAGGUUCCUUAGGAAAGUUGGGGCGUCAAAGAGCGGGCCUUCUCUUCGGCAGCCACGGACGGACUAG